UCAGCAUCCGCCUGGGGUACGAGACGCGCUUUCAAUGGCGUUAGCCUCACAGUAGCCACAUUGCUGUCUCGUAUAUUUCAUGUUAUACACUUAAUAUAUCACGGUGAACCGGGGCAAAAGAUACAAGUUCUGUUAAAGAAGAGAAUUCGUCGCACCUGAACGACUUCAAACCAAUAAGAUGACUGGAUCAAACGAGUACAAACUUAACCAGGGUCCAGAGGACAGCAUCUCAGCUGUCAAGUUCAGCCCCAGCACAACACAGUUCCUGCUGGUUUCCUCCUGGGACUGCACUGUCCGUCUGUUCGAUGUUGGAAGCAACACCAUGCGGAUGAAGUACCAGCACACAGCUCCAGUUCUUGAUUGUGCUUUUUAUGACCCAACACAUUCUUGGAGCGGAGGAUUAGAUGCACAAUUAAAAACUCAUGAUUUGAACACAGACCAAGAUACAAUAGUGGGAACACAUGACGCCCCCAUACGUUGUGUGGAAUACUGUCCAGAGGUUAAUGUCAUGGUAACUGGCAGCUGGGACAGAUCAGUUCGGCUGUGGGACCCAAGGACACCCUGCAACGCUGGCACCUUCACGCAGCCAGAAAAGGUGUAUACGUUAUCUGUGGCUGGAGAUAGACUGAUUGUUGGCACAGCAGGAAGACGCGUCCUAGUGUGGGAUCUGAGAAACAUGGGCUACGUUCAGCAAAGACGAGAGUCCAGUCUCAAGUAUCAGACUCGCUGCAUUCGAGCUUUCCCCAACAAACAGGGCUAUGUCUUGAGUUCAAUCGAGGGACGUGUUGCUGUGGAGUAUCUGGACCCGAGCCAGGAGGUUCAGAAGAAGAAGUAUGCCUUCAAGUGUCACAGGCUGAAGGAGGACGGAAUUGAGCAUGUUUACCCUGUCAAUGCCAUCUCAUUUCACAGUGUCCAUAACACCUUUGCCACAGGUGGCUCAGACGGCUUUGUGAACAUCUGGGACCCGUUCAACAAAAAGCGCCUGUGUCAGUUCCACAGAUACCCGACCAGCAUCGCCUCGCUGGCCUUCAAUAACGACGGCACCAUGCUCGCAAUCGCCUCCUCCUACAUGCAGGAGAAGGGAGACAUCAACCACCCAGAGGACGCCAUCUUCAUCCGCCAAGUCACAGAUGCCGAGACCAAGCCCAAGUGAGUCUCCCUCACCUCUUGUCCUCAGUUUAAUGACAGUUUGGUCUUCUCUGAAUCUGUGAGCAGCUGCAUUAACAAGGAGCACGUCCACCUACAGCAUAUGCUGAUCUCUAUCUCUGUCUGUCCACUUUUCAAUAUCCGACAGUUGAAAGAUGGACAGAUAAAAAAAUUGAAAAUCCUCCCACCAUAUUUGCUGUGGUAAAUAUACACUCAGUGACCAGACAAAUGGAAAACCUGCCAGCACUGUAAUGCAGUACAUCACAAUAGUACCGAUGUAAACACAACCUUCUGUUAUUGGGUCAUUUCUUAGGUUCUUUGUGUUUAUACUGGCUACUUUUUUUUUUCUUCUCCCAAGUUGUUUAUAAUACUUUGAAUUCUUGUUUAUAUCAUGGGGCUAACACCGUGUUUAAUAAAAGACAACAAAGUUUAAAUUCCAAUUUGCUUGUAUUUUUCUGCUCACUGUAGGUAUAAAACAAAUAAAUCUCUAGAGCCUUGAGUAAUUAUCAUUUAAGCCCAGUUUUAAACAAAAAGAUGGCAUUUAAAGUAUACGUUAAGUUCAGGUCUGUAAAUAAUCGUCCUUUUCGAUACCUGUUUAUGGUUCAAUCUAUAAAGGGCAGGAUAUUGUUUAAAAAUGGCUAUAACAAGUAGAGGAGAAUGUGACAUCAUCAGUUUGCUUUUUUAGUAUUGUGCAACCAAAAUCUAAAAGUUUAACUAAUAAA